AUGGGUCUCCUCCACAAGCUCGAAGAGAAGAUCCUGCACAAGGGACCUAAGCACGGCCAACACCCACCGCAGCAACAAUACCAACAAGGUGGCUACGGCGGCGGCAUGAACAGUGGUCCCAACAUGAGCGGUGGUAUGGGUGGUGGUAACCACCAUGGCGGACACCAAGGAGGAAUGGGCGGACCUGGUGGCUUUGGCGGACAGUCACAUCACGGCGGCGGAGGCAUGGGCGGCCCUGGAGGUCCCGGUGGGCAGCACGGCGGCUUUGGGGGCAUGAGUGGAGGGCCUGGUGGCCACCAUGGAGGAGGCGGAAUGGGAGGUCACCAUGGCGGAGGUAUGGGAGGACCUGGAGGUCAUCACGGUGGAGGUGGUAUGGGUGGAGGUCCCGGCGGGCCUGGAGGCCAUCACGGCGGAGGUGGUAUGGGUGGUGGGCCUGGUGGGCCUGGAAGAUGGUAG